UGUACUGCAGGCAUAACAUCAAUGGUAGCCGCUCUUUGUCAUGCAUGGCUCUUGUGUUAUAGACAGAGGGAGAGUGGUGAUGGACUGGAGGAUGUUGUGGUGCCUUUGAUGAAUGUGGAGCGACGCGCCAUGUGGAAUCUGAGGCAGGCUGCUUGGCUCUUUCACCACGCUGGCCUCGAUCCUGCCUCACUGCUUUUUGCUGACGAGGUGGACAUUGAAAGCCUUAGGAGGAAUGGACAACAUAGCAUCCUCGUGGUUGGACAAGAUAUACUAAGCACUACUGGCGAGGCUGGAUCCCAGUGCACCAUUCUUACCGAUAAUUACUGUGAAGAUGCCUAUGAUCUGCUUCAAAACCCAGUGCUGAGGAAGCUUUUGCUUGCUGGUAUUUUGCUGGACACUCAGAAUCUGAAGGAAUAUGCUUUAUUUUCUAUGACAAGAGACUCAGAAGCAGUCCAAUUGCUAUUGGCUGGCUCAGCACCGAACUACAGAUAUACUCUAUUUCAUCAAUUAAUGCAAGAACAAAAUGCCACUUCCUUCGUCGAAGCUUUGCAGCUCAACUAUGGGAAGGAUCCCGAUGAAAUUUUUACCUUGAGCUUGGAAAUUGUAGGGGACGAGAGCAGUGAAAGAAACAUGGAACAUGUAACCCGGCAGCGGAAGUCAACCUCUACAUCUGACUGUGAAGUCGUCAUGAAAAGUCCAAAUAAGAAUUCUGCCGAUACAGAGAGUGCUAAAAUUAACAAGGAUUCACUAAAUUCAGCAAAAGAUGCAUCGCCUCUUUCGCAAAUUCCUGUUCCCCCACCUGGUCAACCAGAAAAGGAUCCCUCCGGCGAAAAGAACAAGUUCUUCUUAUUCAAGUGGUUUGGUUUUGGUUCAAAAUGAACAGAUGGAGAUAUCCAAUUUUCCUGAUGCUUAUUAGUUUGUAAAUGCAGCCUAACAACGAAAAAAAUUGAACAAACAUUACCACUCAUUAGUGUGAGUGCGCAUGAAAAGGUUAAACGCCCUCAUCAUUUUGACUA